GAAUUUUGAUGGUUCUUCGCGCAGACUCCAUGCAGAUACAUUGCGGGAUAGCUAAAACUCUUGUUUGUCUGUCUACUUUUUUUUCCUGCCUCCAGUCGUUUCACCGUUGUUCAUCGCCUCUUUGCAACAAUAAUAAUAGAAAAAAGACAGUGAGGCUAAGAGGAGAGCGCAUUGGUCUUUUAAGAACCUCGUUCUUUAUUCACACUUAGCUUGCCAUGUCAUCCAAUUCUUCACCUAGCUCGCCGUCAACGGCCAACGGCGAGCACCGCUACGCACGCGUUAACGUCAAUAAGCCGUCGUCCUACUGGGACUACGACUCUCUCCGCGUCCAGUGGAGUAGCCCGGACCGCUACGAAGUGGAACAGAAGAUUGGUCGCGGUAAAUACAGUGAUGUGUUUCUCGGCGUCGACACCAAGGAGGGAGGGCAGGUGGUCGUGAAGGUGCUGAGACCGGUCAAAAAGAAGAAAAUUCUGCGCGAACUGAUGGUACUGCAGACGUUGAAAGGGGGACCGAACAUAGUAGAAGUCCUUGACGUGGUGCGGGACCCCAGCAGCAAAACACCGUCUUUCAUCUUCGAGUACGUGAAGUCGUGCGACUUCCGGACUGUGUUUCCCACCUUCACUGACCUCGAGGUGCGCAGUUACAUUUUCCAGGUUCUGAUGGCGCUCGAGUACGCCCACUCACGAGGGAUUAUGCACCGCGACGUGAAGCCGAACAACGUCUGUCUGGAUUACAAGACGGGUAAGCUGAAGCUGAUUGACUGGGGCUUGGCCGAAUUCUACCACCCUGCCACUUCGUACAACGCACGCGUCGCGUCGCGCUACUUCAAAGGUCCUGAACUACUUCUCGAACUGCCUAUGUACGAGUAUCGUCUCGAUCUUUGGUCACUCGGGUGUAUACUAGCGGCGAUGAUCUUCAUUCGCGAGCCUUUCUUCCGCGGCAAGGAUAUCACAGACCAGCUCGUGCGCAUCGUCAAGGUCCUCGGCACCGAUGACCUUCAUGCGUACUUGAAGAAGUACAACCUGUGCCUUCCGCCAGUGCUGGAGGCAACAUUAGGACACCACACCAAGAAGCCGUGGACUAGUUUUGUGAACAGUCAGAACGAACACCUCUGCCCACCAGAAGCGCUCGCGUUCUUGGACAAACUUCUCCAGUACGAUCAUGUGAAGCGAAUCCAAGCAGCGGACGCGUUGCUGGAUCCUUAUUUUGAUCCUGUGCGGCCAGCAAAUUACGCGGCGGCCUUGAUGCGGGAUGAUACGAAUGCGAAGGCAUCCACACAGAACGAAGAAAGCGAUCAGGAGAACGAAGGCAAGAAGGAAUGA